CAUGGAUACCUACUAAUUAUCACAGUCCAUAGUGAUCUUCUUAGAGUUAGAAACAUUCGUUCGGCAAUAUUCAUAAGGUAUAAAAAAAUAAAAUGGGAGACGUUGCAAAAUUGACAAAGGAGAAAAAAGUGAAAAAGGAAACAAAAUUUGAAGCAAGAGGUGAAUUUGAGGCUUCGGGAAUAGAAAACUUACCCGACGAAUGCCUCAUUGAAAUUUUCCAGUAUCUGACGGCGAUAUUUGACAGAAUUUGUAUUGAAAUAGUUUGUCAAAGAUGGCAAAAUUUAGGUCAGGGAUUGUGGAAAAAUUUCAAAUCCCUGGAUUUCUCCGCCAAAACUUGGGGAUUGGAAGAUAAUCAUUCCGGAGAAAUGGUGAUAAGAAGCAUCGAUUUUUGUGAAAUUAUAAAAAUGUCUGGGAGUUACUUAACAAGGAUUAGCUCAGAUGUAGUUACAUUUGGUCAAAUUUGCAACUUGCUGCCCAACAUUCAAGAACUGCAAUUGUGGGAUGCUUGCUCACCAAGGAGAUUUAAUAAAAUGAAUAGAUCAUUUAUACGUGAUGCUUGCGAUUUGAUUCUGUCGUGGAUGGAAUCAAAUGGCAAAAAUAUUAAAAAUUUUCAAAUGAAAGCGAUUGAUAGUGACUUUCAUGAAUAUGAGUUCUCCAGAUUUUUAGCCGAAUUGAAACAACUGAAAUCUUUGUGUCUGUAUGAGUGUCAUUUCCUAGACUGGACUCAUAUUUGUCUAGUUGAAUUACCAUUCGAGACAAUUCGGGAGAUUGUUCUGAUGAGUAAAAACAAGCCUUUCGAUCAUAAUAUAUUGCUCUUGAUGCUCAAAAAAUGUAAGAAUCUUCAGACAUUUGGGAUACAAGGGUGUGACGGACCUUUAGAUCAAAUAUUGCAAGUCUUAUCUUCACAUGCUGAUACCUUAAAGAAUUUGAAAGUCCAAUUGACGGACCUUAGCAAUGACUCUAUAUUAUUGUCAACCAUACCAGCUUUAAUACAUCUUGAAAAAUUGGAUGUUAGCCGUUCCAAGCUAGUUACCGACGAAUUUCUAGAUCUAGUCAGCAAAAAUUGCAAAAAACUUAAAUACCUGAACUUAUAUGAAUGCCGUAAAGUCACGGAUGUUGGAAUCUCCAGUGUAUGUCAUUUGGAAAAGCUGACUUAUUUUAAUAUAGGUGAAUUGCCAAAAAUAAGGAAGCCACCGCUGGAAAGACUAACAAAUUUAGUUGUAUUAGAUUCGGCUUGGAAUGAAGAUAUUGAAGAGAAAGUUUUCUGCGCCUUUUUGAAAAGAGCAACUCAACUUCGGGCACUCAACGUUAAUGAAUGUAGUUUUGUUUCUAACGAAUUAUUGAAUAUUGCUGCUGAGACUACUAAAAUUCGACAUUCUAAUCACAAACUUGAUUUAUAUGUCAACGAUACUUCCAUAAAUCUGGAAGAUCUUAGUAGAAUACCGCCUUCAGUAAAUCUCUUGAAAUUGAAUCAUCUGCCAGUUGCUAAAUAUGGUAUUGAAAAUCCAUUUAGCAACAUAGACGACCCACAAGUUUUCAUCACUUAAUCGAACAUUGCAUAAAAAUUAUUUACUUCUAUAAAGAAGUAUCGACACGAAGCAUGGAGUAACUUUAAGCCAAAUAAGGUUUUGUCAGUCUGAUUAAAAUAGAAUGUAGAAAAAUAAUAUUUCAGUACUAUUUAUGAUAUAUAAUCAUAAGUAUAUCUAAGAAGAUUUAGGAUAUUUGUGUACAACGAGUGUAACGCUUAGCGCAAGUCUAUUACAAAAUUCUGAAUGAAUUCAAUAAAAAAUACUUCACCUCAUUCGAUGCGCAAUUAAAGCACAGAUGCAAGCU